AAGCCCGGUUUUCGUCCUGAGCCGCUCGCUUUUUCCUUGUUAUCUCAUCUCAUCUCAUCUCGCCUCUCCUCUCUUGAAAGUAAACCGCAUCCCUUUUUUCCCUAUCAAAAGCCGCUCGGAAUCUCCACUCUCAUCGAAUCAUUCCUUUGGGCCUCCAUGGAUUCUUCUUCGGACCUGCAUGGUAAAGAGCCUCCUCUCCUUCCUCCUCCUAUUUGGGUCGCCGAUUCCAUUUUUGGCUCCGAGAACUCGUCUUCCGGCCUUAGUACGCCCUUCGGCUCCGUCAGCUCCACCAGAACUGAAACAGAGAGCGACGACGACGAAGGAGAGGAUUUCCUCGCUGAGUUGACUCGCCAGAUGGCCGGUUAUACGCUUCAGGAUGAAGAUGAUGAGCGGAAUGUUUUGGUUGAAGAUCAUGAACACUCUCCCAAAUUCAAGGAGGAACUUGCGAACUCAUCUGCGAAUUCAGACUUUGCAAAUCAAGCGAUGAGACCAAUCGAAGUUUACACGAUGAAGGACCAAUCGUCCUUGAGAAAACAGAGCAAUCCUACUCCGCGAGGAAGACGAGUCGCGAAAACCGAGUCGAUUCAUCAACGAGUCGAGCACGCAGCGGAGGCGGAGCACAUGCCGAAGAAAGGCAGAAGAAGAGGAAACGGACAUGGCGGAGGAAGGGCCCACACGUUGAGAAGCGGGUCGGGUAUGCAGGCGGUUUUCCUCGGAGGAUCCGGGUACGUAACCGGUGCUUCCAGUAGUGGGACAGGCGUUUUCAUACCCCGUGGUUGCAACUACCACAGCCAAACCGAACCCAAGAAGAAAACUGGGUGCUCCACAGUUUUAAUACCUACAAGAGUAUUGCAAGCUCUACAGCUCCACUUCAGCACUAUGGAAGCCAAGUCACAAUCAAACACCUAUGCUGCCUCUCCUACUAAUCGCCUAGCACAGUUUGUUACGGGAAACAAAAUAGAAGACUCGGUUCCUCAAAUAGAACAACGUUCGGACGUCGAAACGCAACCGGCAACGAUCGACCAGGAAAUGCAACUGCCACAAGAGUGGACUUAUUGAAGUCGUCGAAAUUCCGGCGGGGUUGGGAUCAUGUACAUACGUUAGGUUAUUAUUAUUAUUUGCCAAUUUGGUAUGAAGAAAUAAAUAUGUGAGAAUGAAAUGAAGGGCUAGGAUGUGACAUCCGAAUAAUGGAAUCUGUGGGUACGUGCAAGUUCGUGGGGACUAAGGUAGCUGAUCUGACUGGUGACCGGUGAGGACAACAACAGAUUAAAUGCUGCGGCCUUCAUUUUCUUUUUUGCUGAUGAAAAUUAAGGGUGGGUGGUCCAAAUAAUUAAGAAAAAUAUUGUAUUGUUUAUAUGAUUAGAUGUGGUUUAGUGGGCUUGUAAUAACUAAUAAGAAAUGGCAGUGAUUAUGAUGCAAGAAAUUGGAAUGUGCAAAGCAGUAAUUGUUGAAUGAUGAAAUAUCGGAAUGUGGACCUUCA